AUGGAAAAAAAUGUCACUAAUCUCCAGCAAUUUCCAAGUCGUCUCUUCUUGAAACCUCGGCAUUUGAGAGAAAUUGGAGAAACUGGAAGGAUGCUCAACGUGCGUAUCAAGGAACAUUUGGCUGUGGCUGCAACCCCAUGCGGCUUGUCAGGCACCCGCCAGUAUGAAAGAGGCGUUGGAGAGCAGACCACUACUCAUGCUACUGUCAGGAACUGGUUCCACCGUUUCGACGAGGAAAACUUCUAUUUUGACGAUUUACCAUACACGGAACAUCCGUCCGUCGGACUCGCGGAGGAUGUUUUGGUGGGAGCUCGACAAGCAGACAGCCGACUCAAAAGUACACUACAGGCGGCAGUUUUGCGAGCUGGCCGCCGCAAUUCGAGAAAGUGCGGCGAUGCUGAUGAGGACAAAGUAGGUGGCUGCACGAUAGCUGUGAGGAACGAUUACAAGAACCUGGUGGGAGAAUUUGGCUCAGCGUCGUCUAGAUGCACCUUUCUACGACUGCGGGAUCGCAGAGGACGUAAAAUCUGGAUCGUAGGUGCUCGUGCACCUACGGAAACCGCUGAGGACAACAGUAAAGACGCCUUCUAUGAUGAACUCAAUGCGUUGAUGUCUAAAAUACCAAGCCAGCAGGUGAUCAUUGUCAGAAUCAACGCAAAUGCGAAGAUGGGACUCGAACAGCAAUCCGAUGUGCUAGGAAAAUGGUAUUAUCCAGCGCAGCGCAUGUCGGACAAUGGUAACCGUCUGGACGACCUGGCAGCGCAAGUGGCAGCGGCAAAACCCUCCCUGUUCAAUUUCGCCAUCGACGUCAUUAUGCGAAGAACAGUCGACCAGUGUCCUGCCGACAUUGUCUUAGCACCAUCAGGGUGCCCCUUGAUUGAUCUCGAGUACGCCGACGAUGUUGCUAUAUUCGCGGAAAACAGUACGAAACUUCAACAUGUUGUCAACCUUGUAUCAAAGCUGGCUGCAGCCUAUGGACUACGUCUACGCCCUGAUAAAUGUAAGCAGAUGUGGAUCUAUUCGGAAAUCAGGGUGGACGGACAAUCAGUAGAACUCGUCGAUGAUUUCUGUUACCUGGGCUGUACGCUGAAGAACAACGGCAGCUACGAGAGAGAUGUUCAGCAAAGAUGUGCUAAGGUCACUUCUGCAUUUGACUGCUUAACGAAAUGCCUGUGGAGAACGGGAGAUCGCCCUGUUCAACGAGUUCUGAGGAAUUUGCCGGCUUCGAGCUGGAAGAAGCCACCUGGCCGAAAACAGAAGUUCUGGAGUGACGUGGUGAAAGAGGACCUGAGGACACUCGACGUGGAUAGGCACUUCAGGCGAGACGUAAAGUUUCGCAGAAUGUGGAAUAGCGACGAAUGGAUUGAUUCUGUGCAAGCUCUCGCAGAAGAUCGAGAAGGUUGGGCAGAGCUGUGUUCAUACCCGGCAUACCUUGGCGAAAAUGCGGAUAAUCGCGUCAGGCGAUGA